AUGUCUGGCCAUCGAACAAUUGCUGAAAGUCAGUUCGGAGACAGUGCUCGGAUACAUCUGGGUGACAACAAUUAUAACUGCUCACACGACGACAAGAAGAGAUGUUUGCUUGAUCUACGAAUAACUGAUCCAAAAAUUGACAAGGCGCGAAUUGUACAGUCCAAAGGUGGCUUACGCGAAGAGUCGUACUGCUGGAUUUUCGAGAACGAAGACUUCAAACAAUGGAAGGAUUCCGAAUCCGAUUCACGGUUCCUCUGGAUUAAAGGUGAUCCGGGAAAGGGGAAGACGAUGCUUCUAGCAGGUAUCAUCGACAAGUUGAAUACCGAACCAGGAAACUUUGACCAGACCGCAUACUUCUUCUGCCAAGGGACCGACAGUCGAAUCAAUAAUGCCACAGCCGUCCUCCGUGGGCUUAUAUACAUGCUUGUCAAACGCCAAGAGUCAUUGUUAACGCACGUAUGGAAAGAGUAUGAGCAUGCUGGAAAACAGCUUUUCGAAGACUGUAAUGCGUUUACUGCCCUCUCCCGCAUUCUGCACGCCAUCCUUGCAGACUCUAAUAUGAACGAGACUGUAUUGGUUAUCGAUGCGCUAGAUGAAUGCGUCACGGAUCUUCACUUGCUGCUGGAUUUACUUGUCGACCUGUCCCAGCAAAAUGUUAGAUGGAUCGUCUCCAGCAGAAACUGGCCCGAGAUAGACGUUCUUCAUGAUGCGGCACAGAAACUUGUCUUGCGCCUGGAGCUAAACGAUGCCAGCAUCUCACAAGCCGUCAAACUAUUUAUCAAUUACAAAGUCCGUACUAUUUCGACACGCAAAGGAUUGAACGCCGGCGAAAAGCUAGCUAUCCAGAAAUAUAUGGAGUCGAACUGUAACGAAACGUUUCUUUGGGUAGCUUUGGCCUGUCAACUGAUCAAAGAUCCCAAGCUACCAGACUGGAAAAUCCUCACGGAACUGAGCGAAACCCCAGCAGGUCUGGAUAACAUCUAUCGACGGAUGUUAGACUACACCAUGAAUUCUCAUUGCAAGGAAGACUGCAAGCAAAUAUUGAACCUCGCGCUGAUUGCAUAUCGACCUCUGAUGCUAGACGAAUUACUAUCUCUCUAG